AUGGAGGCGAAAGACGGUAAGUGUGCCGUUUUUGAAAAUUAGUUGCUCUCAGGUGCCCGUAAAACCGAUUGGAGAAGUAUUUAUGUGGUCACUCUUGUGGCCUUUAUCGGUUCCGUCCACACUCACUGCAUUGCCCCGGGGGUAUGGCCUUAUAUGAAGAUGAUGGACCCGGCUGUUACCGAGAACUUCUACGGUCUCCUCCAUUCCGUCGCCAGUUUUGGCACCGUUUUGACAGCUCUGAUCGCUGGAUACAUCAGCAACGUCAAACAAGAUACGAAGUAAUCCUUUCUUUAUAAUUUUAUUAUACUUUUUUAUCAGAUGGCCAAUGGUAUUUGGCAAAGCGAUGGCUCUCUUCUCGUGUGUCCUUUACUUGAUGAUCGAGCUUAUGAAUAGAACGGAAAGAUUAGGAAUGUUCUUGAUGUUUGAAUUCUUCCUGGGAAUGUCGAUGGGUGCAGCUCAGAUCUAUCGAACCCAUAUUGCCAUGGCCAGUACAGAGAAAGAUCGGCCUCGCGCAGUCGGCAUCUCUUCUCUCGCCCCGGCAAUAGGCCUUUUCUUGGGUCCAGUCGGUCAGAUCUUAUUCACGGCCAUCGGUUACCCCGGAAUCCCCCUUUUAGGGGUCCAUUUAAAUCUGUAUACAGCACCUAUUUGGAUGACAAUUGUAAUAUCGAUUGUUGGAAUCUACUUGUUGGUGUGCCACUUCAACGGCCGGAUGGACCAGCUGGGUUUAAUCAACAAAGGUACGCCAUCUAACCGUAUUCGGAAUUGGUUUUGUUUCAAGAUUUCCAGGAGAAACGGGACUACGAUGUAGUUGCUGUUGUUGUCUGCCUUAUAACAAAGAUGCUGGUUAGUUUGUGCACCUUGAAUUUUAUGACGAUCGGUCCUCCAUAUACGAUGACCGUCUUCCAAUGGACUCCAUCCCAGUCGGUGCUUUAUCUCUCCGUCUGCAUGGGUCUCGUUGGUUUAAAUAUCGUCUUCUGGAACUGUGCUUAUGUCUUCUUCGAUCUGAGAAGACGGUUAUCUGAACGUCGAGCGAUUAUAUUCGCCAUCUUCUGUCUGUUUAUUGCUUACAUGGUUACUUAUCCGUGGUGGUUUUUAAAUGGGACGAUUGAAUAUGCAAACACAACAGUGAUAAUGGAUAUGGGAUUAGAUCUAUCCGAUGUGACUGUCCCUGACUCCAUUGGUUGCAAUCCUGCAUUUGCUUGGUGUGCAGAUACUCCAGCCGUGAAUAUGAUUGUGUUCUUGGGGUCCCUGAUCGUCGUCCUUGGCUUCGCUCUUCCUCUGUGUCUUAUUAAUUUGGAUAUCCUUUUUUCGAAAGUAUUGGGAAACAUCAGGUAAUUUCAGGCUUUCCAUAGCUCAAAAACCAGGUUGGGGUCUGGAUUAAGAGUGGAUGAAAAUCGAGAUAAAGAAAAUUACAGUAGUAUUGCACCCAUGCCUCGAGUUUUGGGACUUUAAUUAAGCCGAAUGCCUCCCACAACGGAGAUUAAGUUCCCAGAUAUUAAUUUUGCCUGGGAUUUGUUUUCCAACUACCGAAAGUAAUCUUACCAUUAAUCCGUUCGGCGGUAAAGUCGGCCAUAUGACAGCUUGCACACAGAUAAAUAUUUACAGUCCAAGUUUAAGAUUUUACCGUAUUUUUUACAGGCAGGGAACGAUGCAGGGAUUAUUCAUUGUGUCCGGAGAGUGUCUGAAUAUCAUUGGCCCCAUCUUUUUAACUCGAGUGUACACUUACAAAGGACCGCGACCCAUCUGGAUAUUCGAGAUCAUCUUCAUUGUCAUAUGUUUCUUCCUAUGGAUUAUUUUUUACAACCGAAUGAUAGGACAUUCCAAACGAGUGGCCACCUUGUCACAAAUAUCUGAGGAUGCUUUAUAA